CCUCACUCAUCGUGUCUUCUCCUAUUUUCUUCCCCUAUAAGUAAUUAUAUAAUUUCUCCUUAUCAAUCUCACUUUUAAGAUAUAUUUGCUCUCUCUUUCCUUCUCUCACUCUUUCUUUCUUCUUUUCUUUUAUAAUAAUAUUAUUAUUAAAGCAUGUCAUCAUCAUCAUUAUUGUCUGCAGAACCAAGUGUGACUACACUUCAAACAUCAUUGGAAGGAUAUGUCGGUUUUGAUACUAUUACUCAACAGAUUGAAAAGAAACUAUUAAAAAGAGGCUUCCAUUUUAAUGUAAUGGUUGUUGGUCAAUCUGGUUUGGGUAAAUCUACUUUAGUCAAUACUAUCUUUGCCUCUCAUCUUAUCGAAAGUAAAGCUCGACUUUCUGCUGAUGAACCACCAAGACAAACAACAGAGAUUCAAACUGUUUCUCAUUCUAUCGAGGAGAACGGAGUACAUCUUCGACUCAAUAUUGUAGAUACCCCUGGAUAUGGAGAUCAAGUUAAUAAUGAGAAUUGUUGGGAACCUAUUAUUAAAUAUAUUAAAGACCAACAUUCUACUUUCUUACGUAAAGAAUUAACUGCUACUAGAGAUCGUUAUAUUCAAGAUACUAGAAUUCAUUGUUGUUUAUUCUUUAUUAGUCCAACUGGUCAUGCAUUAAAACCAAUUGAUAUCGUUGUACUCAAGAAGCUUUCUGAAGUGGUAAAUGUAGUACCUGUUAUUGCUAAAUCAGAUUCACUUACAAUUGAAGAACGUGCUACCUUUAAGCAAAGAAUUAAGGCAGAAUUAGUAUUUCACAAUAUCAAGUUAUAUCCUUAUGAAAGUGAUGAAGAUGAUGAACAAGAACAAGCUUUAAAUGAAAGUAUCAGAGAAUUACUUCCUUUUGCUAUUGUUGGUUCUGAACGUAAUGUUGUCAUUGAAGGUAAACCUGUAAGAGGUAGAAGAAAUAGAUAUGGUGUCAUCAAUGUUGAGAAUGAAGAACAUUGUGAAUUCAUUUAUCUUCGUAAUUUUAUGACUCGUACUCACCUUCAAGAUUUAAUUGAAACAACCGCUCAGAUACAUUAUGAAGCAUUCAGAGCCAAACAAUUAUUAGCUAUUAAAGAAUCAAAUCAAACUAACAAUCAAUCUUCUGCUCCUAUCAAUACUAAUGUUAAUUUAGGAAGUCCUUCUCAAUCUAACAAAUCUGUACCUGCAUUUAAUUAGUUAUUUUCUAUAUAUACUAUAUACAUACUCUUUCAAAUAAAUAAUAACAGUAGUUUUGUUGCUAAGCAAUUCAAUACUUGUUCUAAUUCUCGAGAAUUUACUAAUUUGGUAACAGCUAUAAAAUCCGCGUUAUUCCUU